CAAUAUGGUAUGGUUCAAUGGCGGAAUAUUUGAGAAGAAAAACAACAGGAAAAUAAAAAAAAUAGUUGUUUGAUGUAUUAACUACAAUGUACUGUAACUGAAUUAACAUACAUGUACCAAUAAAUGACAUGAAAGCAAUCACUUAAAAUGAACAGACCAAAACAAACAACAUUAUUUCAGUCUUGGGGUAAUAAGAAAGAAGAUAGUCACAGCAAUAAUGGUGGAAGUGGUAGUGUUAUUGAUUUAUGUGAUGGAGAUGAUGAAGAUGAUGAAUUAUUAGCUCAAGUCCUGGAUGAAAGUUUACGUUAUGCUGAGCAUCUUUUCCCUGCAAAACAAAAUGGAGAAAGCACAUCAGAUGGAAAUAUCUCAUUUGGCAUGGAGACAAAUGAGCCACAAUUUUCCGUCACUGUCCCUGGAUUUGACAGAAUGUCAGGCAAACUUUGGAUUUACCCAACAAAUUAUCCGGUUCGUGAUUACCAGUAUAAAAUUGUUAGUCAAGCAUUGUUUAAGAAUACCAUGGUAACACUUCCGACUGGUCUUGGCAAAACAUUUAUAGCGUCAGUGGUUAUGUAUAAUUAUUACAGAUGGUAUCCUAGAGGAAAAAUUAUCUUCAUGGCACCAACAAAACCACUUGUAGCACAACAGAUUGAAGCUUGUUACAACAUCAUGGGUAUCCCCCAAUCUGACACUGCAGAAAUGACCGGUAACAUGGCUCCAAAUGAUAGAUUAAAAGCAUGGAAAGAGAAGCGUGUAUUUUUCCUUACACCACAAGUUAUAACCAAUGAUUUGAGUCGGGGAUCAUGUCCGGCUGAAAAUGUUAAAUGUGUAGUUGUAGACGAGGCUCAUAAGGCUCUCGGCAAUCACGCUUAUUGUCAGGUUAUAAGAGAAUUAGCCAAGUAUACAACCAAUUUUCGUGUUUUGGCACUGAGUGCUACUCCUGGAAGUGAUAUCAAGGCUGUUCAACAAGUAUUGACUAAUUUACUGAUAUCUCACAUUGAGAUUAGAACAGAGGAGUGUCCUGAUAUUAAACCAUAUACACAUGAACGAAAAGUAGAUAAAAUAGUUGUACCAUUAGGAGAGGAAUUGACUAAAGUUAAAACUAAAUACAUACAGAUUAUGGAUUCUGUGAUACGAAGAUUAAAUCAACAAAAAGUGAUUUAUAAUAGACCAACAACAAGUUUCUCUAAAUUUUUAUUACUAAAAUCAAGGGAUGAGUUUCGACAAAAUCCUCCAGAAUCAUUAAAUAGAUUACAUUUUGGGAUAGUAGAGGGUGAUUUUGCUCUAGCUAUAAGUUUAUUUCAUGGUUAUGAAUUGCUACAACUCCAUGGUUUACGUUCUUUAUAUAAUUAUCUUGGAAAUAUUCUUAAUUGUGGAAAAGGUUAUGGUCGAACUAAAACUGAACUACAGCGUAGUGCUGAUUUUAAUGAUGUCAUGAAUAUGCUGUCUGAAAAAUUUUCAAAAUAUGACAAUUCAUCAUUGAGUCAGAAACCUGCAUUUGUUGCUGGUCAUCCGAAAAUGGACAAACUUUUAGAAAUUGCGAUAAAACAUUUUGAAAAAUUCAAAGAUAGUGGUGGAACAAGAAUAAUGAUAUUUUCUCAGUAUAGGGAUAGUGUAACAGAAAUAGCCAAUAUGUUAAAUCAACAUCCACCAAUGAUCAAAGCUAUGAGUUUUAUAGGUCAGUCAUCAGCUGGUAAAAUAGCUAAAGGUUUUACUCAGAAAGAACAAUUACGGGUAAUGAAAGAGUUUCGUGAAGGGGGUUAUAAUACUCUUGUAUCAACUUGUGUAGGAGAGGAAGGGUUAGAUAUUGGUGAUGUAGAUCUUAUUAUAUGUUUUGAUGCUCACAAGAGUCCUAUACGUUUAGUACAGAGAAUGGGUCGUACUGGUAGAAAGAGAGAGGGUAGAAUAGUAAUGUUAGUUACAGAAGGUAAAGAAGAACAGAUAUACAACCAAAGUCAGUAUUCAAAGAAAUCCAUCCAUAAAGCCAUUCUGAAUGGUAGCAAAUCUUUACAGUUUUAUCAACACAAUCCAAGAAUGAUACCAAAUGGGCUAACACCAUCUUGUCAUAAGAUGUAUAUUACUGUAUCAAAUAAUUAUAAAGGCCAUUCUAAAAAGACUGGAACAGCAGCAUCUAAAUUACCAUCCACUAAAACAGGUAGUAAAGCAAAGAAAGGUGCUGUUAAAAGAGCUGAAUAUAAUGAUAUAACCUUAGAGGAAUACAGAGAAUUACAAGAUUAUUAUACAGUUAAUCCUACUGAUAUUAAACUACCGGUAUCAUCUAGUGAUAGUUUAUAUCUUACUAACAAUCAGGCUGAGGUGACAGCUGUCCAAGAAACAAGCAAAAGUUUAUCAUUGUCUGAAUGGUUACCAUGGCAAAACAGAUUACAAGAUACAAAAUACAUAGAACAUUCUAAUAGAAGUAAAGAUUUGGUAGAUUUAAUACAGUUUAUUGAAUUACAAGAAACCCUAGGAACGGAAGAAGAUAAUUAUGGGAUAGAAAUGAGAAUUUUUCUAAAUAAGAAUGAUAUAUUAAGAGAAAAUACAAAGUCCUUUGGAACAGAUGGUAUAAAACAAUAUUGUACAAGUGAUACAGACGGUAAAUUAAAAUCAAAAAAUCUUCUGGGUCAAGAUAAACCACUGGUAAGAAAAAGACAUAGUGACAAAUUACCUAUAAUUGAAGCCAUGUUAUUGAGUGAUGAUAGUGAAGAUGAACUUCCAGAAUUUGAGCCAGCAGUUGAAAUGGUUAAGCAACCGUUGUUUAAGUCUGUUCAGAAAAAGAAUAUUGAAGAUAGAGUGAAAAAAAAAGAGAAGGCUAGUGUUGAAAAAAAGUCCAUAUCAGUGAAAAAUAGAAAGAGACAUGCUACAGAAAUAUCAAUUAUUGAUCCAAUCACUGAUGUGGAUGAUGAUUUUGAAGAUGAAUUUUCAAUGCCUGUUGAAGAUCAUCAUAAAAGUGAUAAAAUGGACAAAUCAUAUAGGAAGUUGGAAAGAUCAAUUGAGAAAUUAAAAUAUACUUGCAAAAAGUUAGAAAAAUCAUGUGAAAAAGAGGAUUUGGAUAUAUCCCAUGGUUUUGAAGAUGAUAAUUCUGGUAUAUCAUUCCAUGAAGAAGAAAAUAAGGACAUACAACUUCCACCCAGGCGAACAUGUUUAGUUAGGACACCACCUCCUAUAGAAGAAGUGGCUGAUAUAUUUAACAGUUUGCCUAAUACAACAAAACUACCUCAUAUUGAUUUAGUUGGACUUGUUGAAGAAUGGCAUCUAGAACGGGAAGAACUAUCAAAAAGAAAAAAUAAUGGUCAAGAAUCAGCUGGUUCUCCACCAAAUAUAUACCUCAAACCUCUAAAACAAAAGAUUUCAAUUUGUGUAAAUCCAUUGAUAUUAAGAAAUAAAGAACUUGAUGAAAAUGUUGAAAUGCUUGAAGAAAAAGUUACAGUAAAAUGUGAAACAAUGGAAAGUGAUUUAAUUCCCACUUUAAACAAAAACAAGUGUUUACCUGUGACUACAAAGGAUGUGAAUAAAUUUACAAAUAAAGCAAGCAAAAAUGAUUUAGAAUACAAUAGUUUACAAAUUUUUAAAAAUGAUGCGAAAAACACAGUGAUAGGACUAGGAAAUAAUAUUGAUGAAAAGGAAAUUGUUGUACAAAAUACAAACACAAAAACAUCCAAUCUAGGAUCUCGUCUGAGAGAAACAGAUAUGUUUAAUGAUUCUAUGUUUGCAGGAGAUUUAACUUUACCGCCAGAACAAGCUCAACAGCAUGAUUUAGAUGGAACUCAGUUAAACUUAACCCAAGCGCUUUCAUUUCUCGAUAAAACUGAUUCUUCUAUUAACCAACCCAAGACACCUUUUAAAAACUGUGAUAAAAGUGAUAUAUGUAUUAAUAGUGUAAAAAAUGCCAUAAACUCAGGUUUAGUGAAAAAUUCACCUCAAAAUAAUUUUGAAAAUAGGAAACACUGUGAUAAUCUGACUGAAAUGUUGAAAGUACAAAAGAGUGAAGUUGAAAUGCCACAAGAAAAUAAAUCCAGGGCAGAAGUUGAAUUAGAUGAAGUCAUGAAUGCAAGUCUAGCAGACAUGUUUGAUGAUGAUUUUGAAGUUCCUCAGUUUGAUUUAGGUUUUGAUUUGGAAGGAGAUGAUGUAAUACCGCCAACACCUCCUCCCGCUCAACUGCCUCUUAAUAAAACAGUAAAACUUAGUCAAGCAGACGUACAUGUUAGACGAAAUUUACAACUACAGUACAACACUGACAAACAGAGCUUCAAUAAUUGUGAUCAACCAAAUAUAUAUAAAAACAAAACACUGAAAUUGGAAUGUGAUAAAAUAAAUAUAUUUGAAAAAAUCAAACUAAAAAAUUCACCUUCUUCUCAAUCGUCUGUAGUCAGUUUCAAUAAAAGUUGUUUAUUUUCUGACAGGUCAGCCAUGAAAUGUUCUACACCUCUCAAAGACUUGCCGAUUUCUAAUAAAAAUUCAUACCUAACUGUGAAAAAUAGAGAUACAGAUGACCAACUUGGUUCUAGUUUUUCUCUCAUGUGUCAUUCUAGUGCUAAAAAAUCGAAAUUCUGUGAUAAAAAUAAAUUGAAUAGCCUUACGCUAACGCCACAGAACAAGAACUCUGAGGAACCUCAAACUUUCAGUAUCAAGACAAACAAUGAAAUAAAAACUGUUCUUAAAGAGAUGAUGAGUCAGAGUACUAUGUCGGUAAAUAAUUUGUUUGAAGAUGAACCAGACAUGGAUGAUUUUAUAUCAAACCAGUUGGAAAUAAUGGAUAAUAUUAAAAAGAAUAAUAUGGGAUUAGAUUUGGCAGUUAAUGAUGGAAGUAAAGUCAAAGAGGCUGAUGUUAGCCACAAUUACUUAAACACCUCCCUGAAAUCUAGAUUAUCUUUAAAACAGAAAAAUUCUGUCAUGUUCCAAAAUAACAGUGAAGAGGAUAAUGAAGAAUCUGAAGAAGAAAAUCUGCAGAUAAAAAGAAAGAUAAGGGGCCGUAAAAUAAUUACUAGUCCAAGCAGUCCAAAAUACGAUGAACCAGAGUUUAAAACGCCAACCAAACCCAUUGGAAGAAGAAAGCCAAAGAAAACUUGUCCAUUAAAUAUAUCAAGUGAAGAUGAGAAUGAGUUAGCCAGGGUAUUGUGUAAUAAUGAGGAUGAACUGAGUGAUGAAUUAUCCGAUGAUGAUUUUGCAGUAACCAAGUCAAAUAAACCAGAUAUGAAAGUACAAAAUAAAGCCCAAAAGAAGAAGAAAACCAGAAGGUGUGAAUUUAUAGUAGAAGAAGCUGAGUUAUCAGGAGAAGGUGGCUCAUCAGAUGAAAGUUAUGAUAGUGAUCUGGAUCAACUUAGUGGUAAUUUUAUCAAUGAUGAAACUCAGUAUUCUUCUCAAGCCCAUCUACAUGAUUCAGUGGAUAUUCAAGCUAUGUAUUUAAAAUCAGUACAAAGCCCGUUGGUACCUAUACAUGGUAAAUAUAGACUACAGUAUAAAUAUAAACAUCAUGAUGUAUAUUCACAAGUACCUAGAGAAGAAGAACAUUCAGAAUAUAUGGAAGACAGUUUUUGUGUAGAUAAUGAUUAUGAAGACUCCUAUAUGAGUACUGAAGGUGAAGAAGACAUUUUGGAAACAAAAUCCAAAGGAAAAAAUAAAAGAAAAAAGAAAAAUUUAAAUAAUAUGAAAGGAAUGAAAAGACUGUGUAAAUUAUCACAAUCAUCAAGUGAAGAUGAUAUGAAACCAGUUAUACCGUUAACUCAACACACAUCAUCAUUUUACACUUCUCAGCAUCAUCCAAAACAUGUUAAAAAUGCUUUCUUAUCUAGUAGUGAAGAUGAUGAAAUACAUGGAAGACUUCACACCCAUGCAAAUACAAGUUGUGAUUCCAUAUCAAGCAAAACCAGUAUUUGUAUUGAGAAUAAAAGUUGUGAUAAAAGUAAAUCUAAAAAUGUUACUGUUAAAACUAGUGUCAGCAAAACUGACAUUUCUGUAGCACCAGUAAAUAUUGUGAGUACUGUUUCUGCAACAUUAGAUGAUGUGGAAUUUCCAAAUUUUGAUUUAGAGUUGGAUUUAUUUGAGGACGAUAUUCUUGACAUUCCAAACGUAGCUAACACAGCUAGUCAUAAACCAAGCUUUCUCAUAAAAGAGGACUCUAGUGAUAAUAAAAAGAAACAAAAUCUUGCCAUUGAGUCUGAUGCUGUCUCAAAAUGCAAUUUUGUCUCUGAACCUAAUGCAUCUGAUGUUAAUCUGGUGUCAGAACAAGACAAACUUAAACAAGAAAGAUUAGAAAGGCAGAAGUUAAAACAACAAGGUUUUAAAGCCAAAUUAUUAGAACAGAGUAAAGUAUGUAUGGAUGUUGAAGCAGAUGUGAAUGUUUCAGCCAAUUGUUUCACUUUAAAUAAUACAACUGCUAAAGAUAUUAUGGAGGAGGUUCUAUCUGAGAAAUCAUCUAUAAAAACAAGUAAAUUAACUAUAAUAGUAGAUUCAAGAGAAAUUAGUGGUGCACAGGAUAUUAUUUCUAAUCUGCGUUUAAAACAUGAUAUUAAUGUUGAAGUUCGUCAAUUAAAGUUCUGUGAUUAUAUGAUAUCCACAAGACUAGCAGUAGAUAGACAAGUUUGGUCAGAAUUUAGUAAUGGAUCAAAUCACAGUAAAUUGGUAGAUAGAUUACAGAAGAUGCGUGAUUUAUAUGACAGAUGUUGUUUAAUUAUUGAAACAGAUAAAAUUAAAGUUGGAACAGAAAAAAAUGUUAAAAAAGGACAUAGAUCUAAAUAUGUUGAUCAAACUAUAUCAUCAUUAUCACACAGUGAUAUAAGAUUAUUAUUUACUGAAUCUCAGAGUGAGACUGUAGGUGUGUUAGUUGAAUUAUGUCAAUUAGAACAUAAAAAAGGAUUAUCUAUAUCAGUUCCUUUAAAUCUGACACCAAACCAACAACAGAUGCUGAAGUUUUACUUAUCUAUUCCUAAACUGACAUAUAUUCAAGCUGUUAACUUCAUUCAUAACUUUAAGACCGUAUCACAGUUCUUAAACAGUUCUUCUAAAGUGAUAGAAAUAAGAGGAAAGUUAUCAGCUAUCAGAGCUACAGAAAUAUUCAACUAUAUUAACAGGAAUUUUGAUUUACAAAUGGUGCCAAGUAUAAGAUGAUAUUAUUUAAUGUUUGUUUGGAGGGUGUGGAUGUUUGUUUCUUUGUUUGCUUUUCUUUCAUUUUAUGUAUACAUGUAUAAAACUUUCUUUUUUCGUUAAGAAUGAUUGGUACAUAAAUAUGUACAGUGUAUAUAAAAUUAUUUAUUUUGUGCUAAUAUACCCUGUUCUGUCGAACAGAAUUGUAUUAAGAUUGAGAUUUGGACUCAAUAAAACAUAUUGAGUCAGAAUGAUUACCAGUAAAUAUA